CGGUUACACAGACGCGUGGCGCGUACCUCACGCGUCAAAAGAGAUUUCUGUCUGUACCACAAAGGCCCCUCUCUCGGUCUGCUUUCGCACGAUCCCAACGCCUUUCUACAACAUCUUCGCAUGGUGGUUGACAACACGCACAGCAUACACGAUGGCGCAGACCGGAAAAAGGGCUACACUCAGCGUGCCGAAGACAAUGACGCUGUCGCAGGCCAAGGUGAUGAAGAAGACCCCAACGAAGAAGAACGCCGUCAAGAAAGCCGUGCCCAAGAGGACUCCGGCAAAAAAACCUGCACCGAGGAAACCUGCAGUGAAGUCCGCGACCACGAAGAACCCGGCCACUCAGCAGCUCGAGCUGCCUCAGUCCUUCCGGGCCACCAAAAAUCUCACGUCGCACCCCGCUCAAAAGCCCAAGAAGGUACGCAACCCCCCCGGCAUCACCGCUCGCAUCCCCCAAACGCACAUCGAGCUGACCACCCCCCACAGAAGCCCUCCAUGCUCACGCGUAACACCCUCCUCCCCGAUCCUAGCACCCUGACCCCCGAGCAACGCGCCGUAGUCGAGCGCCACGAGAAGCAGCUCGCGUGGCAGAAGAAGGAGCUCGCGCGGCAGAAGAGGGCGAGUGACAAGCGUGCGGAGGAGAUUAGGACCAAGGGGUAUCACUACAAGGGGCGGUGGGUGCCGCUGCAGCAGAGGCCGGACUUUGUGGUCAAGGUUGAGGCGGGGGAGGAGGGUGAGGAGAUUCUGGUGAAAGCUGAGGCGGAUGAUCGAGCUGGGUCCGGCAUGGUACGUUCUGCCCUCGCCAAUCGUCCACGUGCGACACGCGCUGACAUAGCCCAGGUCACACUCUCCUCCCUCCUGGCGACGCCGCAUCCUUCAACGACCGCCGGGAACCGUAGACGCCGUGUUGGCGGGCCCGAUAUCACAAAGUCUUUCGACAAGCAGUAUCCGCUCAUCGCAGAGAGAGUGGAGAACGAGAUGCUGGAUGAGGCAGACGAUGCGGGGAGCUUGUGUGAGUUUGUGACGGCGGAUGAGUGGGAUGAUAGGGAGAAUAUGUACCUAGACGGGUAGAAUCGUGGUGGGGUGAGGCAGCGCGAGGCGAGGCGGGGUAUAGAAUGUGAGUGUCGUUGGUGUAGGUGGGUUCGAUCACAGUGGACGCAGGGCACGGAGAAGUGCAGGACUGGUAGACUGAAUAGGGCAUAGACAGGCACCGCGUACAUUCGGAUCGCUUGCCAGUUGCAGCGAUUCAUACUGUUCUCUAGCGAAAUACUGCGAAUUCGCUCCCACUUUGCCUUGGUCAAGAACUCGUAGCACCAGGCUGGCUCGAUGUAACUAGCGAAGUGAGCUUUGCCACGGUGGUCCUCAUCCUAAGUGCACAGCACAUGCAUAGCACCUCGCUGUGGGUGCAUACUCGCUUGCCAGGGAUGGCCGAAGAGCCUACUCUCGAUCGCGGUCCCAAUUUCUGGUCCAUCCGUGUUAGUGAACAUGUGCGACACAUCGUAGUGGAUGUACUCCCCAG